AUCUGGUGAUCGUUCUCGCUGACGACAAGCUCUAUGGUAGGAGGAAGCUUCUGAGCAUCUGCGACGAGGCUGUUUGCUGCGGUGCUGAAAGAUCAGUAUCAGCUGGCAACCAUCCUCGAACCGUAUCCUUCCAGAGCGUGAUCCUGCCAAUGCUACAAGUCAUUUGUCAGCCUGCGUUUUUCAACAACCCGGCAUCAAGCAAGGUCAACACGGCCCUGGCAGCCAUCGCCGAGGUGGACGGCUUCCAGGAGUACCUCGUCGCCUGCAUGCGGCUGCUCACCCAGCGUGGCAUGAUCCGCGAUCUAGGGCGAGCAGACGGGAGAGCAGACGGGAGAGCAGACGGGAGAGGAGACGAUGGGGGUAUCAGAGAGUGGGACGUGGCGUUUGGCAUCGUGCUCAGCUUCUUUCACGAGACCAUGCUGCGGUUCCACUCCCUGUUCGCUGCGGCACAGGCCAGCAGGGACCUGCAGGAGCUGGAGGGAAUGCUGGAGAGGUGGCAGGGGGAGCAGCCGGUGCUUGAUGGCCGGUACCACCAUCUGCGGUCGGUGAUUUACCGGCUGAGGAGGGCUGUUGAUAUCUCAGUGGCGCCAACCAUGCAGGAGGUGCUCUGCAAGGCAUCACCAUACCUCCCUCACAACCACGCCAACGAGCCGCACCACCUGCCUGCGGGCUCGGUGGCCCGGCACGUGGACAUCCAGUUCCGCCUGCUGCGCCACGACCUCAUCGCCCCGCUCUGGAGCAAGGCGCUCUUCCUCCUCCACCACCUCAACCACGAAUCCUCCACCGCCGCCCGUGGCGAUGGCAGCAGCAGCAGCACCUGGCGGAGUGGCAGCAGCAGCAGUGGUGGCAGGGAGGAGGCGAUGGGGCUGGUGCGGGCGGACAGGGAGGUGGUGAGGGGUCUGACGGAUGACAUGAAGGGCGUCGUGGGGUUUUCAUCUGAGGACAUGGACGUGUAUCUGCUCAGAGACGUGCACGUGCUGUCUAUUAACACUGAUAAGCGAAACGGCGUCUACUUUCUGAUUGACUUUCUGGAGCCUCCCAUGCCGCGUGGCCGGCGCUCUCGUAACAGUCAGCAGCACCGUCACAGGGAGCCCAUGGAACAAGGCAGUGCAGCAGAUGCAUCCUGCUCGCACCGGCUGGUAUUCGCCACCAUCACAGCGAGGGACACGGAGAGGCUCGCCACUGCCCGGCCUCAGAUCGGCGUGCAGCCGUGUGGGGGGAACGGGUUCAGUGCAGACCUGCUGGGGCUCAUCGCCCGAGACGGCAGUGCGGGGACUGCAGGGGGUGCUGCAGGGAGUGGUGGGAGUGGGGGCAGCACGCAGGUGGUGAUGCUGGAGGCGCAUGGGAGCUUCUUUGCGUAUGAGCCCAUCCUCAAGGCGCUUCAGAGCAUCACUGAGGCCUCGCUGCCCUUUGCUGAGUACAUCUGCGGGACACCUGGCAGGGCACCUGGCUGGGCACCUGGCGGGGCUGCUGUGAAUCUGGGAUAUACGCUGCCUGCAUACAUCGAAGCAGGGAUGAUGUACAACAUGAGCCUGCUGCUCAAGACCAAGGCACCAUCGUCCUCCCAGCAGGCAGACGCCACUCCAGAGGACGCGUUUGCUCUGAGCAACGUGGCCAUCUCCAACCCCACCGCCUUCCCCAUCAAUCCUCUCCUGCGCUGCACAUCACUGGACGAGGCUCAAGCAGUGGCUCUCCAGGCUGCCCUUACUCAGGAGUUCGCUCUGCUGCAGGGCCCUCCGGGGACAGGCAAGACGUUUGUGGGAAUAAAGCUGGUGGAGAUCCUGCUGAGCAAUGCCCUCAAGGGCGCUGGCUCUGGUGGAGCAAGCAGUGGGGGCGGUCUACUGGGUCCCAUCCUGUGUGUGUGCUUCACCAACCAUGCUCUGGAUCAGUUCCUGGAGGGGCUCAUCGCCAGUGGCAUCAGGAACGUGGUGCGAGUGGGGGGCAGGAGCAGGUGCGAGUCACUGCAGCAGUUCAAUCUGGCCACCAUUAUGAGAGACACGCACCUUCACCACAGCCGCAGCUACAGGCAGUCGACCUACGAGGUGCACAGCAGGCUCAAGGAGGUGGAGGCAGUCAUCCGUGCCCACAGUGACGCCCUGCAGCACCGCAGAGACAAUGCAAUCUCGCUCGCCUGGCGCUCCAUCGCCCCGCACCUCCUCGCCAACCACCCCGGCUUCUUCUAUGCCCUCCAUGCUGCCAGCAAGGCGGCAGACAACGAAGGGUUUCAGGUUGGGGAGGGGUGGCAUGUGAGCAGCAAUGAGAGAGAUGACGGCGUGGGGGAUGAGCUGAGAGGGCUCGUUGAACUCAUGUCGUCCAUCUAUGUGGAUGCUGAUGGUGAUGGUGAUGAUGAGAGUGAUGAUGGGAGUGAUGGGGAUGGUGAGGCGGUGGUGAGAAGGCCGGGCCAUGCUAGAGGCGGCAGCAGUGGUGGUGGUGUAGGGCUGGCGACAGGCAGCGGAGCUGCUGCUGGCUUGCGCUCUUGGCUUGGGCGUGCGGCGACAGGGGGAGCAGGGCUGCAGAGAGGAGGGGGAUAUGGAAAUGAGAGCAGUGGGGCAGAGAUAGGGGGAGGCAUGUGGGGGGCUCAGGGCCGGCAGCAAGGAGGGGUGAGUGUGGAGGAUCUAUCCCAAGCAUUUGGUGACUUGAACAAGCAAACAGGCAGGGGCGAAUGGGAGGAGCAGGUGGAGGAGAAUCAGAUGGAAUCAGUGGAGGUAGAUGAAACGAGUGACCGAGAGAUUGAGGAGUUGCUGUGCGUGGCGGAUCCAUGGGUGACCAGUGCGCAGGAGAGGCGGAAGCUGCUGGAGCACUGGGUGGGGGAGUUGAGGGACACAGCGAAUGCUGCUAUCGAGGCCGAGGUUGAGAACUUUGCAAGGAAGGUGAAGGAGCGCAGUGAGUUGCAGCAAAUGGAGGAGUUGGAGAUCCUAGAGAGGGCGCAGGUGGUGGGAAUGACCACGUCCGGUGUGGCUAAGAUGCAGCGCCUCAUCACGGCGCUCGGUCCACGCGUUGUCAUUGUGGAGGAGGCCGCUGAGGUGCUGGAGGCGCAUAUUCUCACCUCGCUCACCCCUCGCACCCAGCACGUCAUUCUUAUCGGCGACCACCUGCAGCUGCGGCCUAAGGUGGAGGUGUACGAGCUGAGCAAGGACUCGCACAAAGGCUUCGACCUGGACGUCUCUCUCUUUGAGCGCCUCGCACUCUCCAGACGCCUGCCCGUGUACACGCUCGCCACGCAGCGCCGCAUGCGCCCUGAGAUUGCCGACCUCAUCCGCUGCACCAUCUACCCCGCUCUGCAGGACCACCCCCUUGUGCACGGCUAUCCUGACGUGCGCGGCAUGGCAUGCAACCUGCACUUCUGGGACCACGACUGCCCUGAGAGCGGCUUAGACGACUUCAACGAGGGCAAGUCCAAGAGCAACGAGGGCGAGGCGGCCCUGGUGGUGGGUCUCGCCACGUACAUCCUACAGCAGGGGUACACGGGAGGGGAGAUCACCAUCCUCACUCCUUAUGUAGGCCAGCUGCUGAAGCUGCGCCAGGCGCUUUCUCAGGUGGUGGAUGUGCGACUGGGGGAGAGGGAUGCGGAGGUGGUGGAGGAGGCGGAGGAGAAGGGUGGAGCUGGGGAAGGUGGAGGUGAGGUGGGGGAGGGUGGACGUGGGGCAGGGGCGUCUGGAGGGUCGUGGGUGGCGGGGAAGGGUUUGGGGAUGGGUCUGGAUGCAACUGCCCCCAAGGCGACGACGGCGAAUCUGAAGGAUGCAGUGCGGUUGGCUACGGUGGACAAUUUCCAGGGAGAGGAGAGCACGGUGGUGAUAAUUUCUCUCGUGCGCAACAACAUGGACGGCAAGAUCGGAUUCCUCAAGAGCCCCAACCGCACCAACGUGCUGCUCUCCCGCGCCAAGCAUGGCAUGUACAUCAUUGGCAACGCGAGCACCAUGAGAGCGAGCUCUAAGUCCGUGCUCUGGCCGCGAAUCCUCACCAUCCUGCAGAGCAGGGGGCGCAUUGGAAGGUCCAUUCCCCUGCGGUGUGUGAACCACAGCGACACGGUGACGCACAUUCAUGAGGCGAGGGAGUUCAGGGAGAAGGCCAGUGAGGGCGGGUGCUCCCAGAUGUGCGGCUUCCGCCUCACCCCCUGCGGUCACACCUGCCCCCGCAGGUGCCACGGCGAUGACAGGGCACACGCGAGGGCGUUCUGUCCCAAGGAGUGCAACCGGAUCCGGCCAAUGGAGGAGUGUCCGUACCAGCACACGUGCCCCAAGCAGUGUGGGGAGCCCUGUGGCCCCUGCUCGGUCACCAUCAGAGACCUCACCCUCCCGUGUGGCCAUCCAGCCGUCAAUGUUCCGUGCUUCCAAGCUCAGAAGCCCAACUCCAUCUUCUGCCCCCCCUGCACGCGCAAGUGCCUCGUGGCCUGCCAGCACAGCUCCUGCCCGCAGCCCUGCCACCGCACCUGUGCCCCGUGCGCCGAGCCUUGCGGGUGGCGCUGCAUUCACCAAGGGGCGUGCUCCCUCCCCUGCGGCGCCCCCUGCGACCUCCUCCCCUGCGAGGAACGGUGUGAGAAAACGCUCAAGUGCGGCCACCAGUGUCCGUCUCUCUGUGCUGAGAAAUGCCCUUCGGAGGCGUUUUGCACGGCUGCUGGGUGUGGGGCAGCGGAGAAGAAAGGGUUGACAGUGGAUCUAGUCACACUGGAGACGCUAGGGGAGAUUGAACCGGAUGAGAGCCCUGUGCUUGUACUGGGAUGCGGACAUGCUUAUACGGUGGAUACUCUGGAUGGCCACAUGGGGUUGAACCAAGUUUAUCUAGACGCGGAUGGUGGGUCUGGUGGGAUAAAUGGGGGUGCGAGUGGGUCUAGUGGGAUGAGCGCAGGUGGAGGGAAGUGUGGGCGCAAGUGGGUGGCAGUGCUACCGUUUGAGGAUGGUGAUUUGUCUGCUCUCAAGGGCUGCCCAGAGUGCCGUCAGCCUAUCACAGGGCUCCGCCGUUAUGGCAGGAUGGUGAACAAGGCCCUGCUGGACCAAUCAGAGCGCAAGUUCGCUCUCAGCUGCUUGGCAGACCAAGAAGCGGUGCAGAGGAAGCUAGCCCGGUUGAGCCAGGUGAUUUCCUCACUCACAGAAUCCGCUCAGCCCAGGCGACUGCAGGAGGUAGCUCAGGCGGCAGCACGCCUGGUGCAUGAGACAGGCCAGCUGUGUGCCACCGCUGGGAACCCACCAACGCAGCAGACCUACCAGGCCUCUGUAGCGGCCCUACAGAGACGACACUACAUGCUUGGGCAUAGGUCACUCGCCAUUGAUAGCAGGAAGGGCAGGCAAGGGCGUGUGGGGUCGUCUGAGUCCACAUGGGAGGAGGAGUGCCAGUUGCUGUAUGUCCCCCACCCGGAUCCACGCCCCCUCUGUGAAGCGCGCAUGAUGCUAGGGAAGGCCUUCCAGCUGCUCAUGGCAGCAAACUUCCUCCAACUGCGGAAUCUCCUGGGGAAUCUCCAGAGGACUCUGGCUGGCGCGAGCGGGGAGAGCAGCAGCAGCUGCAGCAGCAGCAGGAGGAAGGUGGUGUAUCUGACGCGCUGUGUGGAGAGGUGCAGGGAGGUGGUGCGGACGAGUGUGAGGAGCGCGGAGAGGCAUGUGGGGGAGGCGGUGGAGUGGGCUGGGCGGCGCAAGGCGGUGCGGCUGGAGGCGAGGGCACGGCUGGAGCUGGUAGAUGUGUUGUGUGCGUUCGUGCAGGGCUUGAUGGCGGAACGCCUGCUCUCUAACACCCCGGCUGCCCUGGAUAUGGCAAAGAGGCAGCAGCUGGAGUAUCUGGAGAAGGCCAGGACACAGUGUGGCAUGGUGGCCAAUCACCACUUGCUCUCCAUCAGAGUGGAGGCCAGCCUUGGAGAAAGCGCUCGGAAGCUGCUCGAUGAGGAGCUACCUGCCCUGGAAGCAUGUGUUGAGGGCGCGCCACGUUACUUCGCGCUGACGGAGCGUGAGAAGGGUGAUGUGUACAGAGCGAUAGGUCUGGGACGAGGGCACUGGUACCGGUGCCCGAACGGGCAUGUGUAUGUGAUAGGGGAGUGUGGCAGGGCGUGGGUGGAGUCUCGUUGUCCUGAGUGCAACGAGGUUGUGGGUGGGAGGAGGCAUGUGCUGCGUGAAGGCAAUGCCAGUGCAUCUGACUUCUUUCGCGGGGCCUGA